CUUCAUUCAUAAAAGUGAAAGAGAUAGAGAAAAAUAACUGGUUUGAUUGGCAUCAAACAGCUGAUAAAUAAAAGCCUUGGCCGGGAGAAUCGCAAAUUCAGUCUUGAUAAAGAGCAGUUUGCGAAAAUGACCACGUCUGAUUACACCAGCGACAUAUUGCGCCCAUUAUCUCGCCAGGAGUUAAGUGAUUUGAAGGAUCUGUAUUAUAAGCAUUGCCCACUGGAAAUACAGUUCUAUUUUUUAAUUAAAAACCAGCUCGAAUGGGACGAAAAAUUAGAAAAGUUAAACAGAAAGCAGUCAAUAUGUGCAAGGGCAUAUUUGAAAUUUUAUUCGCCACGGUUUGUAAACCCGAAAGAAACAGGAACAUUCGUGGCGAUAACAUGUGAAGAAUAUCCGAGCGUGUAUUUCCAUUCGUUACGUGAAGGGCCUAGUCAACUAUUAAAGUACUUAACCGAUACCCAGCGAAUCAAUUGGUCCUGUCAUCCUGUAUUGUGUAGCAUAAGUGAUCAGCAUAUGGAAAUUCUGGAUACAUUACUGAAGCAGGUCAAUUGUGUAGGCGAACUGCUAUCCGAUUGCUCGUACUACAUGAUAACGAACAACCAAGCUGCGAGCUUUGAAUAUGAGGUUCCAUCAGAUGUAGUUAUUAAAGAACUUGAUCCUGCUUACGGAAGUUUAAUGAACGAACGGUGGCCGCAUCGUUAUCCUAACUCGGAAAUGUACAUCAAACUACUGAUUGAACUGAAUGGUGGUUUGGGACUAUUCAACAAAGACAGCGACGAUAUUAUAGGCUGGGCGUUGAAGAAUGAGUUUGCUGGUGUUGGUCAUUUACAGGUCAUGCCAAAGCAUCGUCAAAAGGGUUACGGAGAACUACUAGCCAAGGCAAUUACCAAAAAAAUUGCUCUCGAAGAUGGUGGAACUGUAAACUUGUUCAUAGUUGAUAAAAAUGUAAACUCUAUACACUUGUUUACCAAACUGGGAUACAAAUUGAUAGCUGGCUCCAAUUGGAUUCAAGCUAGGAAUAUUCAAUAGAAAGAAGAAUUAACA